AUGCAAGUCAGUGAACUUCCAGUGGAAAGUUCACGAUUCGCACCCGAUGAAAAUGAUAUGAUAGAAAAAUUUGCUCAAACAAUGGCAAAUGGACCCAUCAUGGACAACAUCCGCAUGAUGGCAAUGCAACAAGAUAGGUUUGCGCAAGACCAAGCUAGAGUCGCCCAAGACUUAGCCAGAGUUGCGCAAGAUCAAUCCAAAACUAGUCAAGACCAUGCAAAAGCCGCUCUUGCUAAUGAGCGAAAUUUAGCAGAAAUGGUGAACCAAAUCUCUCGAAGGUUCGAGUCCAUUUUGGAACGGACCCUUGGAAGCUUAAACCAAGGGCCACUCCUUCCAACUCAGCAGCAGGUGCAGUCUCUUCCAAUGGCACAGACUUAUAUUCUAGCUGCACCUGUGACUGUUCCAGUGGCACAGAUGACUGUUCCACAAGCAGCACCCAUGCCAACCAUUCAGCAAGUUCAGAAUCCUCCACCUGUGGCAUUUCCACAACAAACUUGGCAUGAUCAGCCUGGCCAACCAUGGCCAUACCACAAUCCUCAAGCACAACAGAAUGUACCACUUGUGAACGUUCAGCCAGCCACACCUGCUCCAGUAAGGCCACCACCUAUGGUCAUUCCAAUGGCGGUUGGGGGGCAACCUUUUCCAAGGGAGCCACUUCUUGACCAAGGAGGAAGGAACCGUGGUAGGAACAACUAUGCAGAUAUUAACCCCUUGCUAAUGGCGGGUGGGAGGCAUCAAGGUGGAAGGCCAACUUACAGAAAGCCCUAUCCAGAGUUCAUUGAUGAAGUUAAAUUUCCAAGGAAUUUCAGAAUUCCAGAGUUUGCAACGUUCAAUGGAAAGGGAGAACAGUCUACCUUGGAAUAUAUCAGUCGGUUCACUGUCCAAUGUGGAGAAGCAGCAGCCAAUCCAUGGCUGAAGGUACGCUUGUUUCCAAAUACACUGACUGGGUAUGCUUUCAGGUGGUAUUCCAACUUGCCAGCCAACUCCAUUCAAAGUUGGCAGCAAUUUGAGGAUUUAUUCCAUACUCAGUUCUAUAGAGCUGAGCUUGAAGUGUCCGUGGCAGACCUUUCUAGACUUCAUCAACUACCUGGAGAGUCUGUGAUGAGCUUCCUUUCCAAAUUUAGGCGGGCCAAGUUCAAAUGUAAUUUGUCUUUGCCGCCGGAAGAAUAUGUGAAGAUGGCUUUGAACGGCCUAGAAUUUGAACUUCGCAAGAAGUUUAAAGGUGUACAGUUCCAUGACUUGUUCGAUUUGGCUGGCAAAGUGGCUAAGUAUGAAGAGCUUCUUCGUGAGGAGCAAGAUAAGAAGAACUCUUCCAAGGGAACCUACUAUCGUAAUCUUAACUAUGAGGUGUAUACCACUGAAAUUGAAGGGGAGUUUGAAGUUAACGUAGCCGAGCUCAAUAUAAAGAAGGCUUACACUUGUAAGGCAUUGACAAAGCCGAAAUCAGCCACGGCCAACUUGCAAGCUGCCUCUGGUUCCAAGUGGAAGGGAGCAGACUCUUCCAGAAGUUACUUUUUUGACAUUUCUAAAGCCUAG